UGUUCCCUCCCCUUCAGAUCUACAGUUGGAUGGAUGGGUGUAACCAACAUGUGGUGAAGUGCAGGGAGCUGUCAGCCUCAUGUUGUUUAGAUCAGGGCUCAAACUAGUUUCACUUCUGAGAAAGUGAAACUCAGACACUCAUUGUGACAGAGAGCUGAAAUGGCGCAGAAAGGAGAUCAGCUGGACCGGGAAACCUUCUCUUGUUCCAUCUGUUUGGAUCUACUGAAGGAUCCAGUGACUAUUCCCUGUGGACACAGCUACUGCAUGAGCUGUAUUAAAAACUAUUGGGAUGGAGAGGAUGAGAAGAAGAUCUACAGCUGUCCUCAGUGCAGACAGACCUUCACACCGAGGCCUGUCCUGAUGAAAAACACCAUGUUAGCAGCAUUAGAGGAGCAGCUGAAGAAGACUGGACUCCAAGCUGCUCCUGCUGAUCACUGCUAUGCUGGACCUGAAGAUGUGGCCUGUGAUGUCUGCACUGGGAGGAAGCUGAAAGCCUCCAAGUCCUGUCUGGUGUGUCUGGCCUCUUACUGUAAGAAUCACCUCCAGCCUCAUUAUGAUGCAGCUCCAUUAAAGAAACACAAGAUGGUCGAGCCCUCGAAGAAGCUCCAGGAGAACAUCUGCUCUCGUCAUGAUGAGGUGAUGAAGAUAUUCUGCCGCACUGAUCAGCAGAAUAUCUGUUAUCCCUGCUCUGUGGAUGAACAUAAAGGCCACGACACAGUCUAGGCUGCAGCAGAAAGGACUGAGAGGCAGAGAGAGCUUGAGGUGAGUCGACUAAACAUCCAGCAGAGAAUCCAGGACAGAGAGAAAGAUGUGAAGCUGCUUCAACAGGAGGUGGAGGCCAUCAGUCGCUCUGCUGAUAAAGCAGAGGAGGACAGUGAGAAGAUCUUCACUGAGCAGAUCCGUCUCCUCCAGAAAAGAAGCUCUGAUGUGAAGCAGCAGAUCAGAUCCCAGCAGGAAACUGAAGUGAGUCGAGUCAAAGAGCUUCAGGAGAAGCUGCAGCAGGAGAUCACUGAGCUGAAGAGGAAAGACGAUGAACUGAAGCAGCUCUCACACACAGAGGAUCACGACCAGUUUCUACACAACUACCCGUCACUGUCACAACCUACAGAGUCAUCCAGCAUCUAUAUCCGUCCUCUCAGAUACUUUGAGGAUGUGACAGCAGCUGUUUCAAAGCUCAGAGAUAAACUACAGGACAUCCUGAGGGACAAAUGGACAAACAUCUCACUGACAGAGACUGAAGUGAAGUUUUUACGGUCAGAAGCAGAGCCCAAGACCAGAGCUGUGUUCUUAAAAUAUUCAUGUGAAAUCACUCUGGAUCCAAACACAGUAAACACACGAUUGUUAUUAUCUGAGGGGAACAGAAAAGUAGAAGUCACGAGAAAACAACUGUAUUAUUGUAGUCACGCAGACAGAUUCACUGGAUGGUAUCAGGUCCUGAGUAGAGAGAGUCUGACUGGACGUCAUUACUUGGAGGUGGAGUGGAGAGGAGGAGGAGUUUAUGUAGCAGUCACAUACAAGAAUAUCAGCAGAGUAGGAUGGUCAAAUGAAUGUGCAUUUGGAUGUAAUGACAAAUUUUGGGCUUUAGAUUGUAACACUUACAGUUAUAAUUUUUGGUUCAACAACAUUAAAACUCCCGUCUCAGGUCUUCGUUCCUCCAGAGUCGGAGUGUACCUGGAUCACAGAGCAGGUAUUCUGUCCUUCUACAGCGUCUCUGAAACCAUGACUCUCCUCCACAGAAUCCAGACCACAUUCACUCAGCCGCUCCAUGCUGGACUUCAUGUUGGUUAUAAAUAUGGAGACACAGCUAAGUUAUGUAAACUCAAAUAGAGUUUACACAACUCUAUUUGAAUGUAGCUCUUUAUUUAAGGAAUAGUUCAGUAUUUUGAACUCUGGGCCCAAACUAAACAUUUUCAGUCAUUAUCGCUAUCAGUAGCAAUCAGAACUUGUCAUUUUUGGCCCAGAGUUCAAAAUAUUGGAUGAUUUUAUAAGUAUUUCUACAUUAUUCCUUUGUAAUUUCACAUAAAAACCAAUAUUUUAACAAUAAAACACUUCAUACAAUUAUAUAAAAUAUCUGCUCAAUACUGUACAUAACCUUGAUUGCCUUUAGUAACUAUUUUUCAUGUAUUCUGACACACUAUGCUUGUUUUUUUUUACUGUCAAAUGAACAUUUCUGUUCAUUUUUUGUUGUGCCUCUGUUUCAUUUAAUGUAUUUAUUACAUGUUUAUAAUUUCCAUAACAGCUUUGCAUAAUACACAAAAUGUACAGAGAUUAACAUAAAGGAUAUUGUUUUUCAUGUAUUUUGACUGAAUAUGUAUUUUUUCCAGCAGUUUAAUGCACAUUUAUCAAAAAUAAUGAU